AUGGUGCAGUUCACAAAGCAAUUCGAGGGGCAGCUAGUGCCCGAAUGGAAAGACGCCUUUGUUGAUUACCCUCAGCUCAAGAAAGACCUCAAGAAAAUCAAUUUGUUAACCAAUGGAGUUGAGAAGGAACACACAGAAACUUCUCUUAUCAAAACAGUCAAAUCCUCUUUAGGAAAGCUUUCCCUUUUUGGUAACAAGGAACAGGAACACUCUCGUGCCAUCAAAGUUCAUAGAAAGCUUGCUUCUUCUGUAAGUAACAGUGACGUGUAUGAGACGGAACUCCUGGAGACUAUUGCUGAUGAUACCGACGCUGCGAAAGAGUUCUUCAUCUGUCUGGAUACACAGCUCAACAAAGUGAAUCAGUUCUACAAGACAAAGGAGAAAGAGUUCUUGGAGAGUGGAGAGUGUUUGAAGAGGCAAAUGGAGAUACUCAUUGAGCUCAAAGAUGCUUUCAAUCAAAAGCAAGCCAAUGGAGAUUCUACUCAAGAAUCAACAGAAGAAGAUUCCAUUUCAUGCACCAUCUCAUGUGAGGAAGACUCUGUUAAAGGCAGAAGAGAGGAAAUAGAACUUCAGGAAUAUUGCUUGGAGGAUUUGAAGAACAAUGGGGCAGAAGCAUUAGAGUCUCCAAGAUCUGAAGAACCGAUCAAAAUCAACAAGGAGGACUCCAAGCUGAAGACAGUUUCUGGUAGGGUUUUCAGCUGUCAGGGGAGGAAUGUAAAGAUAAAGAUUCCCUUGACAAACCUUUCUCGUACAUUCUCAGCUAUAAGUUACUUUAUCAAAGAAGAUUUGAUAAACCAGUCAUCAUCAAAGAAAAGUGGUCCAGAUGAAGUAAAUAAGCUGAGAAUCAGCAAGAAAACCCUAAAUCACGCCGAGAAGAUGAUCAAAGGAGCUUUGACAGAACUCUACAAAGGGUUAAAUUAUCUCAAAAGUUACAGAAACUUGAACAUGUUAGCUUUCAUCAAUAUUCUCAAAAAGUUUGAUAAGGUUACUGGAAAACAAAUCCUUCCAAUAUAUCUUAAAGUGGUGGAAAGUUCUUACUUCAACAGUUCAGACAAGGUGAUAAAACUAUCAGAUGAAGUUGAAGAAUGGUUCAUCAAGCACUUCGCUGGAGAAAAUCGUAGAAAAGCGAUGAAAUAUCUGAAACCGCACCACCGUAAAGAGUCUCACUCUGUCACCUUCUUCAUUGGUCUAUUCACUGGUUGCUUUGUUGCUCUUCUUGCUGGCUACAUCAUUGUGGCUCAUCUGACUGGAAUGUAUAGAAAACAGACUGAGAACACUUUCUACAUGGAAACUGCAUAUCCUGUACUAAGGCGAGUUGUCUAA